UUGAACCGGAAGUCCGUUUUUGUUUCGAAAAUGAAGAAUUGAAAGCUAAGCGGCAGAACCCUAACAGAACCUAGACCUGAACCGGGCCUGGCCGCGUGAGAGCAGCGGAACAGAGACGUUUCCCCUGAAGGAAGGAGGUACUUUCGGGGUUAGAUUUACCGUCGGGGUCUGUGCGACCAUCAUGCUGACAUGCGAGGUGUGUGGGGAGGAGCUUCUCCUGGAGGAGGACAUGAAGACACACCUGCUGCUCGUCCACCUGGAGAGCGACCUGCACUGCCCCCUCUGCUUCCUGCCCGCCGACUCUUAUGACCAGGUCCACGCUCACAUGUCAGAGGCACAUCCUGAGGGGCAGGACAACCUCCCCAAACAUCCCAGCAGCACCUCUGCCAGUACCAGUAGAGUUCCAGUGGGUCAGUCUGAGGAUGCUCCAGCUAAGAAAGCCAAAUGCAUCAGGGCUUCCACUUUGGUGAACUUGAAAUCACAGGAGCAAGAAAUCCCACCAGAACCGGAGCAUACCGGACCUGUCUCUGGAACUCUGUCAGCAGAGGAACCAGAAACCUCACAGGAGUCUGACAACAGCCAGCCCCGAGAGCUGUGUAGUUCAGGGGGACGUCCUGGUAGUUUUCAAGCGAUGGAGCGCUCAGGAGAACCUGAACAGUGGUUGAAAUCCCCACAGAGGCUGCUGUCCUGCCCCAUGUGUGCGCUGGUGUGCUCCAGCCCCUCGGUUCUGCAGGAACACGUGGAGCUGCAUUUGGAGGAGCAGAACCCAGAAAAAGCAGGACGGAUGCUGUGGGAGUGUCCUGUGUGCUCAGCCGAGUGCACUGACAGUGUUGUGCUGCAGGAACACGUGGAGCUGCACCUGGACCCCUGUGCAGGAAACUCCAGCACUGACCUAAAGCUGGCGGUGCAGCUGCAGCAGGAAGAGGAAGACCGCAGGAGGAGGGAAGAGGCAUGGCAGGAGAAGGAGCACUUCAAGAAGCUGCAGAAGCACUAUGGUCUGGACGGGUCAGGGGGCUACCGCCGGCAGAUGGAGAAGACCAUGGAAAGAGAGGUUGCUCGGGGUCUGCUGGCACCUGCAGACUUUCACUGUAAAAAGGCCGACUUGAUGGAGUCUUUGGCCUCGGGCAUUGAUGAUGGCAGAUCCAGAACCUGCGGUGCAGUCGAGGCCUUGACAGAGUUCUACCAGACCAAGGUCCGUGACUGCGUCCACGUGUGGCUCUGCGCGGACACCGACCACUUUGGGGCAUCGACGGGAGACAAAGGCUGGGGGUGUGGCUACAGAAACUUCCAAAUGCUGCUGUCCUCCCUGCACAGAACCGAGCCCUACGCCUCCUCACUUCAAGAAAAGGCAGUUCCUUCCAUCCCUCAAGUCCAGAGAAUGAUAGAGGAGGCCUGGAAAGCAGGUCUGGAUCCACAAGGGGCCUCCCACUUUAACCAGCGCCUCCAGGGCACGCGGGCCUGGAUCGGAGCCACGGACAUCUACGUCUUACUGACAUGGCUGGGUGUCAGAGCACGCAUCGUUGACUUCCACCAGCCUACGGGCCCCGGGGACACCCAUCCCCGGCUGUUUGACUGGGUCAGACAGUACUUCCUUCAGUCCAGCCAGAGCAGCAGACUGCCCCCCAAAGUCAUCCGAACAAGCCUGCCCCCACUUUACCUUCAGCACCAAGGUCACAGCCGGACGGUUGUGGGCGUGGAGCAAAAGAAGAACGGCAGCCUGUGUCUCCUCCUUCUGGAUCCUGGAUCCACGCUGUCACUAAGCUCUGAUGCGGUUUCCGCAGCGAUUCGCCACAUCAGGAAGUUCCCCAGCAGCCUGAAGCACAAACAGUAUCAGCUGCUGACGGUGCAGGGCGUGCUGUCUGCAGAGGACAAACAGGCUGCUGUCUUCAACUCCAGGACUUUCUGUGCUGAGAGGAUCCCAUGAGAGGCUCCACUCUCCUCCUCCAAGCAUCUGUGGAGCUGCAGAUUUAGGCUUCUGCUGACCUCAGUCUUCAUGCUUUGUUUUUAUGUUUACAAUAAAUCAUUUUAUAUAAAAGUU